AUUCUGGUGUAGUUUAUAUACGUUCCAUGAAAUCGAUCGCGCUUCUUUCAACACACCGCCAUCAACCAUGCAAAUUUCCGUCUACCGUUAUACGCGGAUAUUCACCAAGGGAAUACGAGAUAAACGAAAGAUUUACGUUCGAGCCCGCACGAAAGGUUUACUGCCUGCUGCAGACGCAUUCUAGUUUUCGGAAGCGAGUCGGGAUGGACGCGCAGCAUUAUAAAAUCAAUCAACUCUUUAUGUCGUGGAUCGGUCAAUGGCCGGAACAGUCUACCUUUAAGAGAUUCUUGCUUUCCGUUCAUCUUUUGUUCACCGUUUCCAGCCAAUUUUGUUUACUGGUACUCGGCUUGGUGACAGCGUGGCAGGAUUGGAAUCUGGUCAUCGAAUGCUCGUCCGCUAUCAUCAUCCACUUAGUGUGCAUCAUAAAAUAUCUAAAUUUUCUCUUCAAUAAUCGCAAGUUUAAAAGCCUUUUUAACCAAAUGAAAAGUAGCUGGAAAUUAGCGACGUUUGAUGCUCAGAUGCAAAUUUUAACAACCUACACCAAUGAGGGCAAAACAAUGAUUAAGGUGUACACAGUUAUAUUAUACAGUUCUAUGAUCCUGUAUAUGACAUUGCCCGUCAUGCCGUCUAUCAUCGCAUCCUUCAUGAGCGCGAACCAAACACAAAUUUACGGUUUGCUGUUCCACGUGGAGGCUGUCCUCGACACAAAGAAAUAUUAUUACUACAUCUUAUUGCAUUCCUAUUACACCACCUUCUUUAUGAUUACCAUUCCGGUAGCAGUGGAUUCCAUGAUGAUAGCUUACGUGCAACACGCUUGUGGUCUUUUCCAGGCAAUAGGAUAUCAAUUGAAGAACGUGAAAAGGAGUGGUGAUCUCGAUAUUAACAUUUACCCCUUACGCGAAGACGACGAGCAUUAUCGCACAAUUAUCGACAGCAUCGUGAAGCACAAAGAAGUUUUACAAAUGAAAGAGAAGAUUCGAUACGAAACACAUGAAUUGCGAUGUGUAUGCUCUGCCAUUAGGUUUGUCGAAUUAUUGACGUCUUCAUACAGUAUCUCCUUUCUUUUACUGACAAUACUGAACAUGGCGGUUAUGGCAUUCAGCGCAGUGCAGGCGAUAAACAAUCGUGAUCAGCCCACAGAAGCGUUGAGAUUUUUGACGACGUGCAUAUCUCUAUCAAUGCAUUUUCUCUUCCUCAGCCUGCCGGGACAGAAAUUGAUAGAUCACAGUUCCAACAUGCAUGAAUCCAUUUGCGCCACGAAUUGGUAUGCCAUUUCUUUGAGAGCGAGAAGGUUGUUAAACCUAAUGCUGGUGCGUUGCAAAGUGCCAUGCAAGAUGACGGCCGGAAAAAUGAGGGUUAUGUCUUUACAAAGCUUCAGCGGGGUAAGGAAAGAAAUUGCUAUUCUUUUAAAAGAAUUUCUUGUAAAGACAUCGUUAAAAGAAAGAGCUUACGCAAUUUUCUGUGACUCGCUAUACCCAGUACGCAGUCGCUUUCUGAGAGAAUUUUCUAUUAGACUGAAAAUUGUGAGAGCGAUAUCGUGGUACAGUAGUCGAAACCAAGUGUUAGAGAUGGAUUCAUCGAACGACAUCUUUCAGUCCCGAUUAUAUAGAGUUAAUCGUAGACUACUUUCGUUGCUAGGGACAUGGCCCUUUCAAAAAGACAGAGACAGAUGGAUUAUUUUAGUGACAGUGUCGUUUAUUGGUAUAACGCAGGCCAUCACGCAGGUACUCGCUUUAGUGACACUACGCGACGAUCUUGACGCAACUCUUGAGUGUAUACCACCGCUCAUAAUAGACUGCAUAUGCAUCGUUAAGAUAAUGAACCUGGCGUACAAUAUAGAGAAGAUCAAAAUGUUUCUUAUACACAUACAAAGGGACUGGCAAUCCUGGACCACUGAAAGCGAAUUCGAAAUUUUGACUAGAUUUGCGGAGAGUGGAAGAAGCAUUACAAUCGGCUAUGCCAGUGGCAUGUAUGCAUUCGGCAGCCUCUUCCCAUUUUCCGCGAUAAUUCCAAAAAUAAUUAGCAAAAAUGUAACUUCCGAAUAUUCGACGCGGCCAGUCGGAUUUCCAUAUCACGUGGAAUACUAUAUAGAUCUCGAAAAGUACUACUAUCCCGUGCUGAUUCAUAAUUACUUAACAACCGCCAUUCGUCUCACCAUCAUAGUCGCGGCUGAUACUUUUAUAGCUAUUUUGGUGCAGCAUUGUUGUGGACUGUUUUCAGUUGUUAGACAUAGACUAGAGUAUAUACGAGAUUCCAUCAAGCAAGAUAAGGAGCUCGCUUUGCUCGAGGAGGAUGAUAAAUUUUACAAUAACUUUGUAUAUUGUAUACAAAAGCACAAAGAUGCCUUACGAUUCGCAAGGCACUUGGACUCUGUCUACACAACGGUGCUUUUCAUAGAAGUCGGCUUAGUUAUAUUGGUUAUGAGUCUGUCGGCUUUACAGGCAACCAGUGGUACCCUCGAUCCACAUCUCGCAGUUCGACAUGGGGGAUAUAUUGUCGCUCAAUUACUACAUUUAUACAUCGCGUGCUGGUUGGGACAGCAAGUAAUCGAACACAGCGAUCGCGUGUAUACAUCGGCUUAUCGAGGUGAAUGGUACGAGUCAUCGCCCAAAUCCAGGAAGCUCUUAAACAUGAUAAUGCUGAGCAGCAUGUCACCUUGUUCGUUGACUGUUGGAAAGAUCAUGAUUCUUUCUCUUCCGAGUUUCAACGCCUUCGCAAUUUCCUGUGACUCGCUGUACACAGUACGCUGUGGCUUUCUGAGAGAAUUUUCUAUUAGACUGAAAAUUGUGAGAGCGAUAUCGUGGUACAGUAGUCGAAACCAAGUGUUGAAGAUGGAUUCAUCGAACGACAUCUUUCAGUCCCGAUUAUAUAGACUUAAUCGUAGACUACUUUCGUUGCUAGGGACAUGGCCCUUUCAAAAGGGCAGAGACAGACGGAUUAUUUUAGUGACAGUGUCGUUUAUUGGUAUAACGCAGGCCAUCACGCAGGUACUCGCUUUAAUGACAUUACGCGACGAUCUUGACGCAACUCUCGAGUGUAUACCACCGCUCAUAGUAGACUGCGCAUGCAUCGUUAAGAUAAUGAACCUGGCGUACAAUAUAGAGAAGAUCAAAAUGUUUCUUAUACACAUACAAACGGACUGGCAAUCCUGGACCACUGAAAGCGAAUUCGAAAUUUUGACUAGAUUUGCGGAGAGUGGAAGAAGCAUUACAAUCGGCUAUGCCAGUGGCAUGUAUGCAUUCGGCAGCCUCUUCCCAUUUUCCGCGAUAAUUCCGAAAAUAAUUAGCAAAAAUGUAACCUCCGAAUAUUCGACGCGGCCAGUCGGAUUUCCAUAUCACGUGGAAUACUAUAUAGAUCUCGAAAAGUACUACUAUCCCGUGCUGAUUCAUAAUUACUUAACAACCGCUAUUCGUCUCACCAUCAUAGUCGCGGCUGAUACUUUUAUAGCUAUUUUGGUGCAGCAUUGUUGUGGACUGUUUUCAGUUGUUAGACAUAGACUAGAGUAUAUACGAGAUUCCAUCAAGCAAGAUAAGAAGCUCGCUUUGCUCGAGGAGGAUGAUAAAUUUUACAAUAACUUUGUAUACUGUAUACAAAAGCACAAAGAUGCCUUACGAUUUGCAAGGCACUUGGACUCUGUCUACACAACGGUGUUUUUCAUAGAAGUUGGCCUAGUUAUAUUGGCUAUGAGUCUGUCGGCUCUACAAGCAACCAGUGGUACCCUCGAUCCACAUCUCGCAGUUCGACAUGGGGGAUAUAUUGCCGCUCAAUUACUACAUUUAUACAUCGCGUGCUGGUUGGGACAGCAAGUAAUCGAUCACAGCGAUCGCGUGUAUACAUCGGCUUAUCGAGGUGAAUGGUACGAGUCAUCGCCCAAAUCCAUGAAGCUCUUGAACAUGAUAAUGCUGAGGAGCAUGUCACCGUGUUCGUUGACUGUUGGAAAGAUCAUGGUUCUUUCUCUUCCGAGUUUCAGCGCGGUCGUACGUGCAUCUGCUUCGUAUUUCACAGUGUUUAGAUCUGUACAGUAAUCUAAAAUUUUUUAAAUUUAAAAAUUAUUACCAAUACAAAAUUAUGUAAUACUUAUUUGUUUAAAUAAUAGCAGGUCAUUGUCCUAUAUUUACGAGAAAAUGAUUAAAUACGGAAAAUAUUAACAUUUGCA